AAGGCAGCGAGAGACAGGCAGAGAGAGAGAGACCGAGGGAGGAGAGCAAGGCAGCAGCAUCGCCUGGUGGAUGGCUUAGAGGCCCCUCCGCCUCCUCCGGCUUCCCUCAUUCGCACCUGGGACACCUGCCCAGACCCUCCCAGAUCCAGCGAUGGGCAAGCACAACAGCAAGCUGGCUCCAGAGAUGCUGGACGACCUGGUGAGGAGCACGGAGUUCAAUGAACAGGAGCUGAAGCAGUGGUACAAGGGUUUCCUGAAGGACUGCCCCACGGGGAUCCUCAACCUGGAGGAGUUCCAGCAGCUCUACAUCAAGUUCUUCCCUUACGGUGAUGCCUCCAAGUUCGCACAGCACGCUUUCAGAACCUUUGACAAGAACGGCGAUGGCACCAUCGACUUCCGGGAGUUCAUCUGCGCCCUUUCGGUCACUUCACGGGGCAGCUUUGAGCAGAAGCUGAACUGGGCCUUCGAGAUGUACGACUUGGACGGCGACGGCAAGAUCACCCGCCUGGAGAUGCUGGAGAUCAUUGAGGCCAUUUACAAGAUGGUGGGCACCGUCAUCAUGAUGAGGAUGAACCAAGACGGCCUGACCCCGCAGCAGCGUGUGGACAAGAUCUUUGCCAAGAUGGACAAAGACAAGGAUGACCAGAUCAGCCUGGAGGAGUUCAAGGAAGCGGCCAAGAGCGACCCCUCCAUCGUCCUGCUGCUGCAGUGCGACAUGCAGAAGUAGAGGGGCUUCACCUCCGGUCCCCCUCCAAAUCCCCCAGCCUUGCGUUUCCAAUCCAUCCGUCCAUCUUCCUCCUCCUCCUCGGAGCUGCAGGCCUCGCUCUCGGAGGCAGGAGGGGCCUCAUCUGCAUGGUCUUCUAGGUCCCCGGAGAAGCUCCCCAACAUCGAUAAGGCUCUAUCUUUUGGGGAGUGGGGUCUGUCAGAGUGGGUCCCCCUUCCUGAGCCCUCCAUCCCUUCUCCUAGACCCGUCUCCUUUCCCCCAACCCAAGACCCUCCUCCAAAUCUACCUGUUUGACGGCCUGCCGAAAUCCAUGACCCAUGGUGCAAUGACCCGCGAGGUCUUGCAACCCCGAAGCCCCGCUCUCCUUAAGCUCAGCUGUCGCUUGCUGUAUUAUGGUGCAUCUCUUUCCCCUGGUGACCCUCUCGCAUCAUCUUCAGGUGGGGAUUUUCACACCCGUUCGUUCCCCUUCUAUCCCAGGACCCUUAAAACCCCAAAUGAUUCCUUUCAAACCUUCCUCGUCCCAUCCUUGUUUUGCUUUGGUGAAAGCUUAUAGUUUCUUUCCCACCGGCAAUGGGGUGUCCCUGCAGCUUUCCGUAAGGUCCGAACAAAGUGGACUCGUGCUGAUGCUGUUGCUUCUAAGUCGGAAUUAUCGGAGCGGAUAAUAUAAAUAGUAUAGCGGAGAUAUCUCGUGGCAUAUGUGAAGAAUUGCAAAGAGGAUCCUUUUCUGCAUUGGCUUCUUCUUGCUCUGUAAAUCUGUACGCUUAAGCACCAGUGGGAGGGAUGUGCUUUUUAAAAGGGCUGGGGGUGCAUGGUGACACUACAUUUUAGGGGUCCAAUGGGGUUAGGGUCUGCUUUCUGGUCUCCGAAUGCCCUUUCUCCCAUUCUGAGCCAAGGAGGAAGGUUUGGGGAUUUCAAAAGUGUUUCCAACCUAAAGGAAUAUAUAUAUAUAUAUAUAUAUAUAUAUAUAUAUAUAUAUAUAUAUAUACAUACACACACACACACACACACACACACACACACACACACACACACAUACACACACACACACACACACACACACACACACACACACACUAGCUGUGCCCAGCCACGCGUUGCUGUGGUGAAGUAUGGUGGUAUGAGAAAUAAAGUAUCUUAUAUUAUCUGCUUAGAACUGGAUUAUAUGAGGCCCCUUCUACACAGCUGUAUAAAAUGCACACUGAAGUGGAUUAUAUGGCAGUGUGGAGUCAAAAUAAUCCCGUUCAAAGCAGAUAAUAUAAGAUUAUAAAUGGGUUACAUAGCUGUGUGGAAGGGCCUUGAGUCUGCACUGCCAUAUAAUCCAGUUAAAAUCAGAUAAUUUGUAUUUUAUAGGCAGUGUGGAAGAGGCCUCAGGCCUAACUGUGCCUGUCCCCUGGACUGAAUAGGUUGCUAGGAGACCAAGUGGGCGGAGCUUAGCCCUCUAACUGGCAGCAAUUGGAUAAAAACGAUUAUUCCUUUCCCUCUAAUUAGGACUUUAUUUUUUCUUUUCUUUUUGUUGUAUCAACCUAGAGCCGUGGAUGCUGGGUUGUGUUGUCAAAUUUUGAGGUUGGGGGGCCUGUAGUUUUGUUGUUUUGCCUGCUGCCCUGAUGCCAUCACUCUUUUAUAUAUAUAGAUAUAAAGAAGAGGUUUGCCUUUGCCUCCCUUUGAGGCUGAGAGAGUGCGAAUCGGUGAAAGGAGAUUCCACCUGAACAUCAGGAAGAACUUCCUCACCGUGAGAGCUGUUCAGCAGUGGAACUCUCUGCCGCGGAGUGUGGUGGAGGCUCCUUCUUUGGAGGCUUUUAAGCAGAGGCUGGAUGGCCAUCUGUCGGGGGUGCUUUGAAUGCGAUUUCCUGCUUCUUGGCAGGGGGUUGGACUGGAUGGCCCAUGAGGUCUCUUCCAACUCUACUAUUCUAUGAUUCUAUAAGUGGGUUUCAGGCCUGAACAGGGAUUGGAACCCAGUUUUCCAGAAUUGUAAUCCAAUGCUCAAAGCAUGGCUAGCUCCUAUGCUGAUGUAUACAAUAGAAGGGGAAAAGACCUUGAAAGUUGCCAAAUAAACUAAUAUUUCGAGGGACCAAAUUGGGGGGAAAGCAGAUACCACUGCCAUAAGAAAAUAAGCCCUGCCUUUGGUUCAUUUGGGGAGACCAGUGGGAACAAAAGGUUGAAAAAUAACAAAGGGUUCAGAUUUUCUUUAAUGAUGUUUUGGCCCAAGUUUGUCUUUUUGCCCUUUUGGUCACUAUAGUGCUGCCCCAUGUAAAGAGAUAUUGCUUGGAUUCAGGUCUUUGGAGGUUUACAUUACAAUAAUCUGAGACCAGGACCCCUGAACCCCCAUUGAAAUGCAAAACCACAAAAAAAUGCCUGGGAAUCUGGUGGUAUCUCCUUCUCGGGGAUUGAGGUGUUAAGCAGAGACUGCAUGGCCAUCUGUCAGGAUGGGUUAGAUUGUUUCUUCGUGUCAGAAUGGAAUCAGACUGGAUGGCCUUGAGGAUCCCUUGCAAAUGUCGUAAUAUAAUACACUGCCUAGGAGUCCAAUGGGGGUCUCUUUCUUUGCCAGUUUUUAAGCAGAGGCUGUAUGGACAUCUGUCGGGAGGGCUUGGAUUGGGUCUUCUUACCUUGGACUGGAUGGAACUUGGGGUCUUUCCCAACUUUAUUCAUUCUAAAUAAAUCACUAUUUUUUAUUUUUCUCUCUAGGACUUUCUAGGUCUCCCAGCACGACACUAAUAUAGGGUCGCAUUGGAAGAGCUAAAGACUCCUACUGCCUCAUCACACUAGAGCAUGAAUCCACUUUAAAUCCAGUUUCUGCCUCCUGCAGAAUUCUGGGGUUUGUAGUUUGAUAAGGCCCAGGACCUGUCUGGCUGAGCAGUUUGAAGCUCCCUCUCUAAAGUGGGCCCAAACUUUUGGCCCAUUCUAGGAUACGAGUUGAUAUAACCCGAUCUAUUCGUUGGAUUAAUGUGAAGUUGAAUACAGACUGGCUCUGACCUUUGGUACAGUGCUACUGGCCCUGUUGUAAUGGUCACACAGUCUUUUACUGCUUUAAUUGGGUAUGAUAUUGGUUUUUAAAUGUGUUUUUACGAUUGUUGGCUUUUACUAUAUUUUGUAUUAUAUGUGGCAUUAAUCUUUCCAUUAUGUAAGACCGCUUUGGGUCCCCCUGUGAGAGAAGAGCGGUAUAUAAAAUAAAAUAAAAUAAAAUAAAAUAAAAUAAAGUGGAUUUAAAGUGGAUCCAAGCUCUAGUGUGAUGAAGUCCCUAGCGCAUAUUUUUUUUGCAAAUCUUCAGGUCCUCCAGGCGCUAGGGAUUCCUAGGAGAAUCAAAUCCACAGUUGCCCAAACCACAAUGGUGAAAGGUUGACUGUAAACACUAGACAUGUCCAAAAAAUUGUUUUGAAUCGUAUAUCGGAAUUAUUUCGGAUUGUUUUCACUUUUUGAUACGCAUUCCAAGACAUUGUCUCACAGCGCAACCAGCAAUGUAAUUCGAACCAUUAGUGGACCAUUCUCUAAUUGUCUCUUAAUGUUUUGUUAAUUCCCCCCCCCCAAAUUUUUUAAAAUAUAUUUUAAAUUUUUUUUGUUUCUGCAACCUACCUUGAAUGGGAACUUAGCGCAGCCUAACAUGGCUGCCGCUCCCCGGCCAAUCAGAAGCUUCCACGAUGGACGCAAAGGUGGGGGCUAACGUCCUCUGCGUCCACAUGGAAGAUUGCCAUACAAGCCUGGUGUGUAGCGAUUGCGCAUGCGCAUCUGUCAUUUUAGAAACAUUUAGAAUCAUUACGAAUUUUCGGAAAUAUCCAAAAUUUUGGGGUGAAAAAAAUCGGAAAUGCUUUCUAUAUCGAAGCGCCAGCGCCCCCUACUUUAGAAACGAGAAUUGAAACAUUUUUUUCAUCGAUCGGACAUGCCUAGUAAACACAACAGAAAGACCUUAACACCAGCCAAGGAGAUGGUGAGAAGUAUGGAAGAGGUCGGGCAUGAGAGGAGAUGGAGGCUGUUUGGUCCCACUUUGGGGUGCAUCUCCACUGCAGGACUAAUGCAGAUUGAUACCACUUGAACUGCCAUGGCUCUGUGCGAUGGAAUUCAUUGGCAGAGAAGGUGGAAGACCUUGCAAAACGGCAACUCCCAGGACUCCAUAGCCUUGAGACCUUGCAGUUCAAGUGGAGUCGAACCGCAGUGUAGAUAAUGCAUCCCUUGUUGUUGCUCUGAAAACAGUAAGACUGGGGCUUCUCUGAACAUAUCCAUGUACAAUGCUGAUCUCUUUUGGGUAUUUUUUUUUUUUUUGCGGGGGGCGGAGGGAGGGGUUGGGGUCAAUGUCCAAAUGGCUACCUCUGUCCUUCGGUGUCCCUGCCCUGGACUGAAGAGCCUUCUUCUUCUUCUUGGAGAUGCGUCCCGUCGCUUGUCGUGGUUCUGAAUAUCGUAAUAACUGUUUAGAAACUGUGAUGUUCAUAGACAGAAAGAGAUAUACACACACACAUGGAGCGAGAGAGAGAGAUUAUCUCUUUUUUAUAUAAAAAUGGAUGAAAAAUAAAAUGGGUCUCAUGUAAGAGGAA